UACGUUCCAAAAUAAUAUGCCAUCAUCACAAUACUUACCMUUUGCCUACCAAUAUGCUAUGAGUUGCUUAUAUAAUCGCAUCCCCUUUUAUUUCGAAAUGCCAAUCAAUCACACCAUCCAACCCUCUUUUAGUUCAAACUCGCCGGAAAAUCAAUGGCCAGAAUCGCAUUGGGAAGCACCGGCGAGGCCACCCAGCCCGACUGCCUCCGAGCCCUCGUCGUCGAAUUCAUCACCACCUUCCUCUUUGUCUUUGCCGGAGUCGGAUCAGCCAUGGCCGCCGACAAGCUAUUGGCAAACACACUGGUCGGGUUGUUUGCGGUCGCAGUAGCGCACGCACUUGUCGUGGCUGUGAUGAUCUCCGCAGGCCACAUUUCUGGCGGCCAUCUCAACCCUGCCGUGACUCUCGGCCUCCUUUUCGGUGGCCACAUCACCAUCGUUCGAUCCAUUCUUUACUGGAUCGUUCAGCUGCUUGCAGCAUCGGCAGCUUCUUUUCUGCUAGCAUUCCUCACCGGAGGCUUGACCACUCCAAUCCAUACAUUAGCAAGUGGAGUUGGGUAUCUUGAAGGAGUGAUAUGGGAGAUCAUUCUCACUUUCUCCUUGCUUUUCACCGUCUAUGCAACAAUUGUUGAUCCAAAGAAGGGAGCUCUURAUGGGCUGGGCCCAUUGCUGACUGGGUUUGUGGUGGGGGCUAAUAUUUUGGCCGGUGGGGCCUUUUCUGGGGCCUCAAUGAACCCAGCAAGAUCAUUUGGGCCUGCUUUGGUUGCCGGAGACUGGACCGACCAUUGGGUUUACUGGGUUGGGCCUCUUAUUGGUGGUGGGCUUGCUGGUUUCAUCUAUGAAAAUUUCUUCAUCGACAGAUCUCAUGCUCCUCUACCAAGGGCAGAAGAUGGCUAUUAGAUUGAGAUUGUGAGUUGAAGAUUUUAGUCUCUUAUGGUUCGGCUGGUGCUGUUGUGUUCAUGAAUAACAAGUUUAAGAGAUCCUACUUUUGAAUGUCAACGGGAUGGAGUGUAGCGUAAACAGAAAAGUGGGUCUGGGUUUCUAAGAUAAGUGUCACUUUGUUCUUGAUUAAGAUAAAUGUUUUUGCUAAGUAAUCUAUGAAUGGGAUGAAAGUCUAACAGAUGUAUCUAUGAGUCUAUGACUACUUCCAAAUUUGAUACUAUGGUUAGGAUGGAUAUACCUCAUCGAUAAUUUGUUUUCCUAACCAAAAGAAUGAUAUGAAACAUAUUUAGAUGCAA